AUGUCGCAGCAACAACAAACGCAGGCCCAGGGACUCGAGGCGUUCGACGAAAACACCCGCCGCGAGCUCCAGCAUUUCCUCGAGCAGGAGCAGACGAAGGCUCGGAUCCAGACGCAGAUUCACGAGUUCACCGACACCUGCUGGGACCUCUGCAUCAAGGGCCAGCCCCAAUCACGGUUCAGUCGGGGAGAGCAGGCGUGCUUGGCAAACUGCACCGACCGAUUCCUCGACGCGUCCCUGUUCAUCGUCAAGUCGCUGGAGGAGCGCAAGGGUCAAAUGUGA